AUGCCACACUUGUGCAUCCAUAGCACCAAUUGCACAACGAUACCCCCCUCACCCCAAAUAAUGUUCCCCAGAGCAAUAAUAACCCCCACAGCCCGUCUCCUCCUCCGACAGCCCCAUUUACAUCUCCCAUUGCGAACCUCGCCCCCCCCUCUCCCGAUUCUCCCGUCCAUCCUCGCCCGAUCAUUCUCAACAACCCUCCUACGAAAACAUGGCCACACCACCCCACCAAAGCCCGGCGAAGAGCUCUACGUAACAUUCAUCGACAAAUCCUCAAACCCACACAAAUUCGCCGUCUCUGCCGGCGAAAACUUGUUGGACAUCGCGCAGGAGCACGACCUAGACAUGGAAGGCGCCUGCGGCGGAUCCGCUGCUUGCUCGACUUGUCAUGUCAUUGUUGCUGACGACGCCAUGUAUGAUCGCAUACCCGAGCCCGAGGAUGACGAGAAUGAUAUGCUGGAUUUGGCAUUUGGACUUACGGAGACGUCACGGUUGGGGUGCCAGGUUAAGAUGAGCAAGGAGAUUGAUGGGUUGGUGGUCAAGUUACCGUCCAUGACAAGGAAUUUGCAAUCGAGUGAUUUUUCGAAGAAGGAGUAG